AUGCUUCGAAAUCAUCUAAAAAGGUUCGGAGUAUCACUUAGAAAAAUGGCAACUAUCAAUAAACCAAAAGUUGUGCAACCUGAAUGGCAAGAGCCCGGUUCAAAAACUGCUCAGAAUGAACCAGUGUUGAAAGUUUAUAACUCAUUGACCAGAACAAAAGUUCCCUUCAUUCCAAUGGAGGGAAAAAGAGUCAAAUGGUACUCAUGUGGUCCUACUGUUUAUGAUUCAAGUCACAUGGGUCAUGCUAGAAACUACGUAGCAAUUGAUAUCAAUAGAAGAAUCUUGCAGGAUUAUUUUGGUUACGAUGUUACUUUUGUUCAAAAUGUUACAGAUAUUGACGAUAAAAUUAUCAUAAGGGCUCGUCAAACCUAUUUAUUUGAUCAAUAUGUUAAAGAAUUAGAAAAUCAUGAUGAAAUUUCCAAAGAAGUGUUAGAAAAAGCUGAUGCUGCUUGGAAGUCAUUUGUUGAAGCCAAUUUACCAGAAGCACCUUCAACCAAGGAUGGAUUCGAAAGCUGGUCAAACACCGUCAAUGUGGCUGAAAAGCAAAUUGAGAAACCAAAAUUUCCAAUGUACCUAAUGUCUGCUAAAACUGCCCUUUCAGCUAUCUCUGGUUCUCAAAAGAUCUCUAAAAAAGAGUUUUUGGAUUCAGUUAAAGAUGUUAUUGUUCCAGUUUUAGAUGCUGAAUUAGGUUCCACCAUAAAUGACCCUGAAGUUUUUCGUGCUCUACCUGCAUAUUGGGAAAAAAAGUAUGAUGAAGAUAUGGCUGCUUUGAAUGUUUUACAACCAACAGUGACAACAAGAGUUUCUGAAUAUGUCCCUGAAAUUAUCGAAUUUGUUGAAAAAAUUAUUUCAAACGGAUAUGCUUACUCAACAAAUGAUGGUUCUGUUUAUUUUGAUACUGUUAAUUUCGACAAGGCUGUUCUUCAUGAUUAUGCUAAGUUACAACCAUGGAAUAGAGGACAAGCUGAUUUGAUUGCUGAAGGUGAAGGUUCUCUAUCAACAAGUGCAUCAGGUAAAAGGUCACCAAAUGAUUUUGCCCUUUGGAAAGCCUCCAAACCAGGUGAACCAGAAUGGGAGUCACCAUGGGGUAAAGGACGUCCAGGAUGGCAUAUUGAAUGUUCCGUCAUGGCUAGUGACAUUUUGGGCAGUCAAAUGGAUAUUCACUCAGGUGGUAUUGAUUUAGCAUUCCCACAUCAUGAUAAUGAAUUAGCUCAAUCAGAAGCAUGUUUUGAUAAUAAACAAUGGGUGAAUUAUUUUUUACACACUGGUCAUUUACAUAUUGAGGGUCAAAAAAUGAGUAAAAGUUUAAAGAACUUCAUCACUAUCCAAGAGGCAUUGAAGCUAUACUCCCCACGUCAACUAAGAUUAGCAUUUGCUUUCUCACAAUGGAACAACCAAUUGGAUUUCAAAGAAGCCCUAAUCAAUGAAGUGAAAUCAUUUGAAAACUCUUUAAACAAAUACUUCUUGAACGUUAGAGCUCUAUAUAAUGACUACAAGCAUCGUUUGGAAAGUAAUGUUAUCGUUUCCAAGAAGACUGGUCAAUUAGAAAAGAAACUUUUAGAAGAUUUAAACGAAGCUAAAACCGGUGUUAAUGCUGCAUUUUGUGAUAAUUUAUCAACUCCUCAAGCUUUGAAAGUAAUUUCUGAGUUGGUUACCAAAACAAACACAUAUAUCGUUACAUCUGGGUCAGAUUUGAGAAUUGAUCCUAUUCUUCAAGUGACUUACUGGAUAACAAGAAUAUUAAAUAUCAUUGGUCUCCAAUCUCGUUCUGAUAACCUUGGUUGGGAUGAUAGAGAUGCUACAGAUGGUUCUUCAAAUUCAGUCGAGGAAAUUGCCAUGCCGUUUGUUAAAGCUCUGUCAACAUUUAGGGACCAGGUUCGCUCUGCUGCUAUUGCAAAAGAAUCAUAUUCUGUGUUCUUGACAGCAACUGAUCAAAUUCGUAAUAAUGAUUUAUUGAAUUUAGGAGUCUCAUUAGAUGAUCGUACUGAUGGCCAACCAGCUUUGAUUAAAUUUUUGAGUUCAAGUGAGAAGGAAGAACUAAUUAAGUUUCAAAAGGAAAAACAACAACGUGAACAAGAGAAACAAGCUAAAAAACUUGCACAACAAAAAUUGAAAGAACAACAGGAAAAAGAGAAAUUAGAGAAAUCUAAAGUACCACCAUCUGAGUUAUUCAAGACUUCUGAAUAUAGUGAAUGGGAUGAAGCAGGCUUACCAACUAAAGACAAAGAAGGUAAUGAAGUCACAAAGAGUGCUAGAAAGAAGCUACAAAAGCAAUAUGAUCAACAAAAGAAGCUCCAUUCUGAAUAUUUGGCAUCAAUAUGAGCUCAAUAGGUGUAUGAAUAUACCAAUAUAGAAGUAACAUUUUAAUUUCCUAAAUGGGAAGUCAAUAUACUGUAUUAC